AUGGACAUCGUCCUGUCGGAUUUUGUUCGCUCAACGGGGGCAGAGCCGGGACUGGCCAGAGAUCUGCUCGAAGGCAAGAACUGGGAUCUGAGCGCAGCCCUGAGUGACUUUGAACAACUACGGCAAGUGCACGCCGGCAACCUACCCCAUUCCUUCAACGAAGGACGCAACUAUAAACCCCCGGAAAAAGAGGCAGCCCGUCCCGGGCGACCACCACUUCAGCGGCAGGAUGAUAUCGUGCAAGAAAAACGCCUGUCUCGAGGCAUUUCCCACGCCAGCUCCACCAUCGUCUCCCUGGCCCGUUCCCACGUCUCCAGCAACGGCAGCAGCGAACAUCUGCUGGAGAUGCCCAUCUGCACCUUCCAGCUGCCCGACCUCACCGUGUACACCGAAGACUUCCGCAGCUUCAUCGAGCGAGACCUCAUCGAGCAGUCGAUGCUGGUGGCGCUGGAGCAAGCCGGUCGUCUGAACUGGUGGGCGAACGUGGAUCCCAGUUGCCAAAGGCUCCUUCCCCUGGCCACCACCGGCGACGGGAACUGCCUGCUCCAUGCCGCCUCCCUGGGUAUGUGGGGUUUCCACGAUCGAGAUCUCAUGCUCCGCAAAUCCCUUUACACCUUGAUGGAUAAAGGCGUGGAAAGGGAAGCCCUGAAGCGGAGGUGGCGUUGGCAGCAAACGCAGCAGAACAAGGAGUCCGGUCUAGUUUAUACCGAAGAGGAGUGGCAGAAGGAAUGGAACGAGCUGAUCAAGCUGGCGUCCAGCGAACCUCGCGUGCACUACGGCACCAACGGGGGCGGCUGCGGAGGGUGAAACCUUGAAUGAAGCAAGCAGCUUGUUCUGGAGCAGUUUCAGUGUAAACAACUCUUAACUCUUUAACCUAUCGUGAAAACUAACUGCCCCAUUUUAUUUUUUUUUUUUUCCCCAGCCUUUGCCCCUAUUCCCUUUGGAGGGAUUUAUCUUCCCCUGGAAGUCCCAGCCAACAAAUGCCAUCGUUCUCCGUUGGUACUGGCUUACGACCAAGCCCAUUUUUCUGCCCUGGUAUCCAUGGAGCAGAAAGAACCCACAAAAGAUCAAGCUGUGAUCCCCCUGACGGACUCCGAACACAAGCUGCUCCCCGUGCACUUUGCCGUGGAUCCCGGGAAGGAAUGGCAGUGGGGAAAAGACGACAGCGACAACGUCAAGCUGGCCAGCGUGACGUUAUCACUGGAGGCAAAGCUGCACUUGCUGCACAGCUACAUGAAUGUUAAAUGGAUCACGUUGCCUUGUGACAUGCAGGCGCCUUUAGCCCAGCCGGAAUCCCCGACAGCCUCCGCGGGCGACGAUGCUCGUUCAGCUGCGGAGUCGGGAGAGUCGGACAAGGAAUCGGUCUGCAGCAGUUCGGCAAGCAACGGUGGCAGCAGGGGUUGCAAGGACAAAGAGAAACCAAAGAAAGACCGAGAAAAGGAUAAGGAAAAAGAUAAAAAACGGGCAGACUCGGUUGCCAAUAAGCUCGGGAGCUUCGGCAAGACUUUGGGGAGUAAGCUAAAAAAGAACAUGGGCGGCUUGAUGCACAGCAAAACCAUCAAGGGAGGUGUGAGCAACGGGCAGGGAGAUACCUUGGAGAAGAAGAAGAAGGGAUCCUUGAAGUCAAGGAAAGGCAGCAAAGAGGAAUCUUCCCAAGGAGAUUUGUCAGCUCCUGUGGAGAAAACCUGCCCGGGUAAAGCAGCCCCCGAAAAGCCGUCGGACCCCUACAAAUACAGCAACGACGUCCGGCUGAGCCUGAGCAUCCUCCGCGCCGCCAUGCAGGGAGAGCGCAAGUUCAUCUUCGCCGGCCACCUUAAGACCAGCAACCGUCACCAGUACCAGGAGGAGAUGAUCCAGCGGUACCUUCUGGAUGCCGAGGAACGUUUCAUGGCCGAGCAGAAACAAAAGGAGGCGGAGAAGAAGGCGCUGGGGAGCGCCGGCGCUGCCAAGAAGCCGGAGCCGGAGGCGAACACCCACAAGGGCGAGGAAACGAUGCUCAACCCCGCUUACCCCCAGCCUCCCCCUGCGUACACCACCCAGACCCCAGAUCUGGCCGUAGGCGCUAAAAUAGCAGCUUUUCCCUCCGGUUAUUCGGGAGUUUUCACCUUUCCCAGACCCUCCAUGGUCAACAGCAUGGAAGGGUCGCAUCCCCCCGGCUACCAAGACGGCAGACGGCAAGUAGCCGGGGGUUCCUGCAGCAGCCUUCCCCCCUACGCCACCUUACCCAGACACUGCACCCAGCAGCGCAACGGCUACAGGGAAUACCUCGAGCAGGACGGCUCGCAGAAAGGAACGCCGGCGGAUAAAAAUAAAAGCCGAGUUCUUUAUAAUGUUCAGCAGACCAAAUGCAAGCAGCCAAACUGCAGUUUUUACGGACAUCCAGAAACUGGGAAUUUCUGCUCCUGCUGUUACAAAGAGGAGCUGAAACGCAAGGAGCGGGAG